AUGCACUGCAAAAAGUGUCUGCUUCCCGUAACAAAAGAUCAGCCAUUCAUAUUCUGCAAUGCGUUGUCACUGGAGCCGAAAUCUGCACUACAUCAAGACGUCGAAGAGUUGAAGGCGAAAGUUGAAACAAUCAUGUCUCUACUCGCUUCAAAUGUGAACUGUUCUGCCAACAUCGUUAUGCAACAUUCAACUCCAAGAACAUCACCGAAAUGUACUAAUACUUCACCAUAUGUACCAAACUCUCGCAUUGAGCCAUUCGUUCCAUAUGAUGCUCCGAAUCGAUCAUUUGAUUGUACGAGCGUGGAAGAGAGCUUCGCAUUAGUACUGACCAACAUCGAUAGCAGUGUUUCGGAAAAAGACAUUCAGGAGAUGGUUUCACGAUGUUUGGGCGCCUGUCACAAAGAAUGUGUGAAUGUUAGAAAACUUGUUCCGCGAUGGGUCGACAGUAAUACACUGGACUAUAUUUCGUUCAAAAUUGUUCGGGACACAAAAUGGAAAUCUGCUGCAAUGAAGUCAACUACAUGGCCAAAAAAUGUUCCGAUAGUUUAA